CGUCAGUCAAGCAUUGUAGUUGAUAGCUUGUUCCUUGUAGCAGACCGCAGAACGCAUAUAUAUUACGUGUAGGUAGUCAUUUGAAAUUUAGCGUGCAGUGGCAAGCUUGUUUUCAUAGUUGUCAUUCGUGCUUAUUGCGGACUAUAAAGUCAAAAAACAUUAACUUUCCGUUUGAACUUGUUUCAAUAAUCUUUUACUUCAAAAUGGCUAUGGCAGUAUUGCAACGUCGUGCAAAUGUGAGGCUUCCACCAGAAGUAAACAGGACUCUCUACAUUAGAAAUUUACCAUACAAAAUUACAGCUGAAGAAAUGUAUGACAUAUUUGGAAAGUACGGAGCCAUUAGACAAAUUAGAGUUGGUAAUACAGCAGAAACUAGAGGAACUGCAUUUGUUGUUUAUGAAGAUAUUUUUGAUGCAAAAAAUGCCUGUGAUCAUCUCAGCGGUUUCAAUGUCUGUAACAGAUAUUUGGUAGUUCUGUACUAUCAAAGUAAUAAAGCAUUUAAAAGAGUGGAUGUUGAUAAAAAAAUGGAAGAAAUAGACAAACUCAAAACAAAAUAUAACUUGCACGAUGAGUCUAAGUAAACCAAAGUUUCUGGUAUUUUACCUUCAUUGAAAAUGUAUAUAUAGUAUGUAUCUCAUUAUGAUUAUAAUCAAAUUGGUAAAGUGAUGUCAUUGUUAUUAUUAAGUUGAAAGUAAAAAUAAGGCUUUUUGUAAAAAAUAAAAAAAAGGAGUUUUUCAAUCA